AUGAGCAGCAGAGCACCCGUCACAGCGUGUCAAAAGGACAACCCAACGUCUCGCAAAGAACGUCGUCAAACACGGAAUGACGAACGUGAUAUCCACGUGAGUCAACUCCGCAAAACACAUCGACUUGUGAAAGAGAAUCCAUUUGUUGACCAAGCCAUGUUUUGGAAAGAGCGUAUGGACACAUUUGGCGUUAACUUAAAAAAUGUCCGCGCGCUGACUGACGAAGAGAUCUUUGUCGGUGUAGUUGAUUGGGUGUGUCGCGACGAAGAAGAGCUUGAAAACCUCAAUGAAAAGGUCAACACGAGUUUCAAGGCCAACACCUCUUUAAAGAACAAGAGAGAUCGCCUCAAAGAGAAGUGUGAAGCGCAAAAGAAAGAGUUUAAAGGUGGCAUGUCCAUCAUCGAUUUGAGGGAUAAGAAUAACGUGUUAACUCUUUUGUUAGCAAAGGAUCUCUACGUGGCUCUCAAACAACAACUCAAAGAAUUUAUUAUCAAAUAUGGAGAUAAAGAUAAGAUCGCAAUCACACCAGCCAUUGAGGCCGCGGUUGCCAAAUUUGAGAAAAAGUAUUGA